GUCACUGCUGGGAAUGUCACUGAUCCCACUGUUGUCCCACAGCUCCAAUGCCCGGCUCGGGGAUCGGGAUGGGCGUCAGGGUGAUGGGAAUGUCACUGAUCCCCCUGUUGUCCCACAGCUCCAACACCGGGCCCUGGGGCUGGAUCAGGGCCGGGAUGGGGCUCAGGGCAGUGGGAAUGUGGCUGAUCCCGGUGUUUUCCAGGCUGGGGGAGCAGUACUACCGGGAUGCCAUGGAGCAGUGCCACAGCUCCAACGCCCGGCUCUGGGGUCGGGAUGAGGCUCAGGGUGAUGGGAAUGUGGCUGAUCCCGGUGUUUUCCAGGCUGGGGGAGCAGUACUACCGGGAUGCCAUGGAGCAGUGCCACAGCUACAACGCCCGGCUCUGCGCCGAGCGCAGCGUCCGCCUGCCCUUCCUCGACUCCCAGACCGGCGUCGCCCAGAGCAACUGCUACAUCUGGAUGGAGAAACGGCACCGCGGGCCCGGCCUGGCCGCGGGACAGCUCUACUCGUACCCGGCGCGGCGCUGGAGGAAGAAACGCCGCGCCCACCCCCCCGAGGAUCCACGGCUGGCAUUCCCUUCCAUCAAACCCG